AUGAUUGACCUUGGACUGCUUGAGGAUAUCUUUGAACAACACUUUUACGAGAUCGUUGGCCUACUGCUUAUACCUCGUCUUCGAAAUGCGCAGAAGAAAGACACAGCUCUAUCUAUUGCCGACCGCAGAGAAAUGGCAGACUUGUUAAGACAGAGUCGGGAAGCAAGUGCACGAAUACGGGUAGAGAACAUCAUACAUGCGGAUGUGACGGUGGAAUUAAUGGAAAUACUGGAACUCUAUGCUGAGCUAUUGCUUGCCAGAGCUGGCCUGCUUGAUGUGAGAGACAAGAAUAUCAAGGAGGGCCUGGUAAGCAAAGACGCAGGUGAUGAAGCGACAGGACUUGAGGAAGCUGCAGCAUCGAUCAUAUAUGCUGCUCCGAGACUGCCAAGAGACGUUAGAGAGCUAGGCUUGGUCAGAAGCAUGCUGAUUGAAAGAUUUGGCAAAGACUUUGCUCUGAGAGCACAGGAGAACGAGGGCAACAUCGUGCCUGAGAGAGUAUGGAAGAAGCUGUCAGUCGAGCCACCAAAGUCGGAGCUGGUGCAGGCAUACUUGGAAGAGAUCGCGAGGACCUACAGUGUCGAAUGGCCACCGUACAGGCAGGACCUAGCAGAAGCGCAGCAGGAAGUUGAUGACGAGGAUGAGGGCGACGAUGGUGGUGCUAAGGAACAGCCUAUCCUAGCAGACGGCGGUCAGCCUCCAGCAACACCAAAAGCGAAAGACCUGAGUUUAGGUCCGCUGCCACCCAAAGGCCAACCCAAUGUGGAAGGUUCAAAAAGUCCAGUAUCUGUUGCACCUCCUGGCCCCAGGACUGAUAAUCCGAAUCCCAAAGUCAAUCUGCCAGGAGGUGGUCAGGUGAAGCCGCAAGAUAAGAAGAGCCAGGUCGGAGGUGCCUUGGGUGCUCCGCCAACUGUAGACGACUUGUCAAGUAGGUUUCGUGCUUUGGGCAAGAAGAUAUAA